GGCGGUGAUGGCGGUGCGUGAACGCGCGGCGGCAGCAAUGGCCGCUCUGGAGCGGCGGGUGCCGAGUCUCGAUGACUUCGCGGGACAGAGCUGGAGCUCGUGGGUGGAGCGGGCCGAUGUGCCCGCAGCCGACGGGACUGAGUUGGAGGAGAGUAACAAAAACCCGAAGAAGUUGGAUGCCAUGACCCUCAUUAAAGAAGACAUGUCCAUCUUCGGGCACUGCCCUGCCCAUGACGACUUCUAUUUGGUUGUAUGUAACCAUUGCAGCCAAGUGGUGAAGCCUCAAGCUUUCCAGAAGCACUGCGAAAGAAGACAUGGGCCCCUCAGCAAGCUCUACACCCGGGCCCCACCUCCACCUCCGGCCCCUGCCAGCUCUCAGAAAUGCCAUGUAGUGAAUGGGCAGGGCCCUGCUUGUAGGGCCCCAGGUUCUACCAAAACCUCCUCCAGGGAGAAGGGCCAGGGGUCUCGCAGCCGUGGCCACCAGCCUCCUGAGAAGACCCAGAAGGACAACCUCUGCCUUUUCGUGCCUGUGGUGAAUCUGGAGAAGAUGUCCAGUCUUCCGAAGCCCGAUGGACAUGGAAUCAGGGUGGCCCCGCCCUCUGCUUUCCUCAGCCAGCCAGGUGGCCUCACCAAGGACUCCCCUGGAAAAAAUCCCAUGGCAUCCCCUUCUAAAGAACUUCCUGGCAGAGAGAGCAUCGAGAUAGCCCCCAGCGAGGGCCCCAGUCACCGGACUGAAGGCAGCCCUUCUGAAAAGGAGCCUGGUGGGGCCAAGCUGCCCCCUAAAACCCACCGGAAGAUGGCUCGGAAGGAGUGCGACCUCAACAGGCAGUGUGGGGUAAUAAAUCCAGAGACCAAAAAGAUCUGUACCCGCCUUCUCACUUGCAAGAUCCACUCAGUACACCAGCGCCGGGAGGUCCAGGGCCGAGCCAAGGACUUUGACGUGCUGGUGGCGGAGCUGAAGGCCAACUCCCGCAAAGGGGAGUCUCCCAAGGAGAAGAGCCCAGGGCGCAAGGAGGCAGCUGUAGAGCGCCCCUGCCAGGAGCCCCCCGCCUCAGUCCAACUUGUGGCAGCAGCGGCUGCUCCCAGUGGCGCCUUCUCUGCUCGUGCCAAGCCGACCUACCCCUACUGUGCACUGCCCAGGUCCCAGGCUUCCUCUGAGAGUGAGUUGGAUGAUGAAGGCCCUUGUGGUGGUGAUGGGGAUCCAGGCCUGUUCCCCUUCCCCCUGCCCCGGGGUGGGGCCCAGGCCUCCAGCGAGGAGAGUGAGGAGGAGGGGACAUCUGAUGAACUCCACCUCCCCACUGACUGCCAUUAUGCAAACCGGCCCCCUCGGCCGCAGGCGUUCUGCACCUUUGGGAGCCGGCUGGUGAGUCCAGGAUGCUACGUGUUUAGCCGCCGGCUGGACCGGUUCUGCUCGGCCCUGAGCUCCAUGCUGGAACGGCACCUCAGCUCCCACAUGUGGAAGAAGAUCCCACCGGCGGCUGAGCCUCCAUCCCAUCUUGUCAGCUCCCUCCCAUCUGCUCCCCUGAGUCCAUCCCCUACGGGCAGCAGCCCUCGCCUUCCAGGCCCACCCCCCAGACCCGCCUGCCCCGCCUCUACGCCCCCCACCAAGGACAGCCUUGUCCCCAGCUACCCUGCAGGCUCCCCCAGCGUGGCAGCUGCCUGUAGUCAGGCGGAGUGCACGGGCGGGAGCCAGGCCAUCACCUCACCACUGCCUGCCAACACGCCGUCCCCGUCCUUCAGCAAGCUCCCACCUUCCAAGGCCAGCAAGUCGUCCAAAGGCAAGGACAGGCUUGAGGUGGAGGCUCCUUCUCGAAAGCGAAAGUUAUCACCUGGCCCCACCACUUUCAAACGGACUUGCAUCCUGGAGCCCACUGGAAAAGGCAAGCCCUCUGGAUGCCGGGGCCUCACAGCCAAGACUAAACCCGCUCUGGGCCUGGGGCUUAAUGGGACAGUGGGGCCAAGAGUGAAGAGGGCAGGGCCUCUGGAUUGUCGGGAUUCCCCUCAUCAGCCCCCCACGCCAGUCAAGGCCUCUCAGCUGGACAGCCAGGGGGCGGCUGGACACGCGGCCAAGGCCCUGCCAACCAACUGCCUCUCUGAGGAGGAGGUAGCCAAGAAGCGGAAAAACCUGGCCACUUACUGCCGGCCAGUGAAGGCCAAGCACUGCCAGGCUGGUGCCCCUGCCGACGCGGCCUGCUCUGUGCGCCGCAAGAAGCCGGGUCCGGCCCUGGCCUUUGAGGAGAAGUGUUCUACACUGCAGCAACCUGGCGCCUGCAUCCUGUCUGAAUUACUGCCUCAGUUUCUUCAGCUCCUCCUGCCUCCUACUAGUAGCCUCAUUUUCUCAACCACUGGAGCUGAAGUGGAGUUGGUAAUUGCUCUCAGGAUGUUCCUGAUUCCUGUGGGACUGCCUGUUUUGGUCUCUCGCCCCAUGGCCUGUGGGUUUACCCUUAAGGAAGGGGUGCAGCCUCUCCCAGGUAGGCCUCCUUAAGUGGAAGCACACCUUUUCUGGAGGCAGAAAGGGAAAAGGUAAGACCACUUCCAGAAUUCCCCUUGGUGUGGGAGGCAGCCAGCUUGUGGGAGGUUCUAGUCCCUCAGGAUCACCUGGCU